GUCAGCCUGCAGGAACCAGGAAGAUUCUCGACGAUGAAGGGAACUUCGGCUGUCUUCGUGGUGCUGACCACCUGUUCGUUGACCAGCGCCCUCCUGGGUCCUCUGGCCAGCUCCUUCGGGUCGUCCUGCAACGCCAUCCGCGAGUGCGACCUGUCCAACUGCAACGAGGGCAAGGUAUGCAUGCCAACUGGCUUGGGCUACAUCCAAAUCGGCUCCGUGGACUGUUCGGAGACCCCAAAGACGCCAUAUUGCGACCGAAACACAGGACUCUGCACGGCGACCCCAUCUCCGGAUUGUGCGCCUCCUGGGGAACGAUUCGUGUGUCCCAGGCAGUCCGGGAUCUAUCCAGACCCCCUUAGCUGUUCCCGGUACCACAUCUGCAUAAAUGGAGACGAUACCGCGAUAAACUGUCCCAAGAACAACAUCUAUGACCACGAAAUUAAGGAAUGUAGAUUGAGAAGAGUGGCCAAGGAUUGUGUGGCCUUCGACUGCACCAAGAAGGAGAACCAGGAUGUGGUGUAUCCGAAGGAUCCCAGGAUCUGGGGGAUUUGCGUAGGAGGUAGGGCGUACAUUUUGGGAAGGUGCAGGGACUACGAGGUCUACGAUACCCAGAAGAGGACCUGCGUGAGGCACUGCGAUAAGGUUGGCAAUCAGCCGCAUGAUGAUUGCAGGAAAUACGUCAGGUGUUAUGAGUAUAGUCCAGGGAAAUAUGAGAGCAUCGUUUAUCCCUGCCCUAGGGGGCUAGGGUUCGAUCAAAGUGUUGGCAGGUGCACCAGGAACGCGCCUUGUCUGGAGGGCCAGGGUCAGGGAUCUGGAAAUGGACAGGGGCAAGGAUCUAACGGAAAUGGGCAGGGGCAAGGAUCUAACGGAAAUGGACAGGGGCAAGGAUCUAAUGGAAAUGGACAAGGAUCUAGUGGGCAGGGUCAGGGAUCCAAUGGAAAUGGGCAAGGGCAAGGAGCUGAUGCAAAUGAUCAGGGAUCUGGUGACCAUGGUCAAGGAUCUCAUGCAAAUGGCCAGAAUGGUGCAGGAAAUGGAAUUAGUAGUCAAGGAUCCUCUGGGAAUGGCCAGCCUGGUACUGGGACUGGUGGGAAUGGUCAAAGCAACGGAGCAAACGGACAAGGCUCCUCAGGUAAUGGUGAAAAUGUUGCUGGAGAUGAUCAGGAAAAUUCGGAAGACGAUGACGACGACCAGGCAUCUGCUGGACACGGGAACCAGGGUAACAACGGAGAAGACGAUAACUCCGACGCACCGAAUGGUGGGCCGAGGUCUCUUGACAUAAUCGGGCCUGGGAAAGCGAUUGCUGAAGUCAUUGGACAAUUGGUCGGCGGAGAUGACAGCAAGGUUCCCGACGACAUCGACCUGAGCAAACUCUUCGCCUUCCUAACGAGUGCCGUCAACACCGGAAUCGGUGGAGACGAGGAAAGCGACGUUUCCACCUUCGACGACGACGACGGAACUCUGGAAGACGAGAACGACGACGAGACCAGCAAUGACCCCAAGAACGACACCCUACAGGACUCCCCAUCAGCAACAACCCGAAUCAUCAACAACUCAGGAAACCGUGACAGAGGCAACAGCGUUUCUGACGGAAACGGCACCGUCAACGGGAACCUGGUUAAAGGGAACGACAACGGCAGCAACGACGACUCUGGGAACGCCCUGAAGAAGCCGAAAGAUGUGCUGCGUCGGAUCAUCAACCACGUCGGCAGCAGGAAUGACGACGUCGCAAACGGAGACGACCCUGUGGAAGGAAACCCGAUCAGCGACAAUGAUAUCGACAGCGAAGAUUCCGGAAACGUGUCCGUCAAGAGACGGAGAUCCAUCCCGCCCAGGCUCAUCAGCAACAAUGACGCCUCCAGGAGCAUCUCGGAAGUGUUGCAGCAGAUCCUUGGAAACGUCCUACCCGGCAACAGCGACGCCAGUCAGUCUUUUCCUAGCGAGGCUACGCCAUCGGAAACGGCUGAGAGCAGCAACGAGAUCAGCAACCUGCAUGACGUCGGCACCUUGCUGCACCUAGAAGCCCAGAUGAUUAAGAAACUAAACGAAAUGGGCUUCCCCAGUGCCGGCAUCUGGGUGCAGACAGGAAUUCAGGCCAUCAACAAUGAGCUGAAGUACUACAUCAGCGACGGCACCAUUAACAAAGAAGUGAUCAGCAAUUUGGUCCAACUGGCAUUAAACAAAAUCGACCUGCGUUCUCUCUCGGGUAACAUUACAAAUUUUGUACUUGCAAUCAUAAGAAACGUCUUAACAAUCAUCAAUGACACGUUGGCAGACGUCAAUGAUCGUUUCAGUCAGUUGCUGAAAAUAGACACGACGGUUUUUGGAACCGCUGAGAAUAUCCUUAAAGCGAGUCUCAAGCGAUUAGCGCAGACGGAGUAUGACCUGAUUAAUGACGCGACCAGCAACGACGUUGGUGAAAGAAAAAAAGCCACGGAAAGUCUUGACAAGUUGCUAAACGCCGAGCAGAGAAUAGUCAGCAACUUCAGUAUCGUUGUCCUAGACUGUCUGAGUCGAUUGCUGGACCGAGGGGCGGAAGUCGUGAGACUACUCAGCAACAAGGGCGUCAUUCCUGACAACGGUCUGGACAACUAUUUAAGUUUAGAAGCUCGAGUCAUCAAGUACACCGGCGCCGUUGCUAGAAGUAAACUCAAGAACGUGUUGCUGACCCAGCAGAAGAUAGUCGCCAAACUGAGCACUGGCAACGCCGUUGCUGCGAAUGCUGCCGGCGCCAGUCUGCGCCGGUUGCUGCAGUCGAAGAUCAAGAUCGUCGAAGACCAGCUAAACGUUGCUGAAGCCAGGGCCAAGAGGUUGCUGCAGACGGGACAGAGGACCAUUUACAGCUACAUCUCGAACACUACUGGAUUGCUGAAUCUAAAUCCCGGAAACGGGAGCGUAAUCGCGAUUAACUACCUGCCGUCGUUUUUGAAAAUCGUCGACGAGAGCAGCAACGACGCCGUUGCUGAACCCCAGAGGGGACACAGAAUCAGAAGAAACAGCGAAAUCGAUAUCAGCCUUGUUCAACAACUAAUUCAGAAUUUGGGCAGCAACAUCACGAGUGAUCUCCAGAUCACUGUUUCUGGUCUCGCCGAGUUGCUGGAAUACGCAAGGAAUAUCGUUCUGGACAUCAUCGGCAACAUCCCGAAGGUCAUCAGUGUGGGCAUAUCCACGUUGAAGAAUCUGCUGGACGCCAUAAAGCUAAGCAUCGAAAAUGUAGGUAACAAUGGUUUGGGAAGAUCUGGACUCAGCGAUUUGUUGCUGGGACAGGUCGAGACAGUCGGGCGUUUAAUCGAUUCCGCCCAAUCGAGUCUCGUCAGCAAUAUGCAAGACGUGAGGCCGGUGUUGGACGUCAUUAUCGGCGGACACGGUAUUGCUGAUCUAUGUCAGAACAUCGACCAAUCGCUUGAGAGUCUGAAGGGAGCAAUCAAGGAACACGUAAGCAACAUCCCGAUAGCAGAGUUGCUGAGUAAUUUGCAUCCUGGGAACUUGUUGCAAUUAAAAAUGAAGAUCGUCGAGCAGUUAGGGUUCAUUGCAAGCCUUCUGCAAAACGGCUCGCUGUUAGAACUAUUGAGCAACAAUCAGCAACUGGCACCGAGGAUCAUCAACACCUCUGGCAGCAACAACGCCGAGAACAAAAUCGCGAACGACGACGACGACGUCCAAGGGAAUUUGGUGAACGGAAAUGACAACGGGGAGAACGUCGAUUCCGGAAAUAUCAGUCACAAGAGAGCAAGGUCCAGCUUGGACAGGAUCAUCAACAACACCGGCAGCAACAACAGCAACAACGAGGUGCACAACGGCGCCGACAAAGUCGCUGGGAAUUUGGUUAACGGAAACGGAAACGGGAAGAAUGACGAAUCCGGAAACGUCGCUCGGAGACUUCUGGCCGAGGUUCCUUCUGUCAGCCUCUUCAUCAUCAACAACUCCGGCAGCAACAACCUGGACAGCAAAUUGUACAACGACAACGUCGAUGGGAACAUCAGAAAUGGGAACGAUUUCGGGAACAAUGUGAACCCCGGAAACGUGAUAAAUUCGGAGUCGGAAACAUCAGCAACAGAUGCCGAAGAGUCCGAGUCAAGCAACGAAUCGGAUUCCUCCGAAGACUCCGUUGCUGGUGAGACCGACGACUUGCAGUCCGAAAGCGAGGAAAAGUCAGAAGAGUCCGAGGACGAGGAGAAAAGUCGGGAAAUUGCAAGAAACACCCCCAGAGGUUCGAAUUUACAGGAGCGCGCGAAAGCGGCGAAGCCGGUGAUUAACAAAUUCAAGAAAUUGCUGUCCAUUAUUGACUAAGUGAAAUUACAAACGACGAACCCCGAAGAGAUCGUCCCUCGGAUGUACAAUGGGAAAUAAAUGUGAAAAUGGGAAUGUCCAACGAAGACUUUUUGGAAAUGAUCACCGAGAUGAGAGGGGGGGCAGAGAGGAUAAGCGAUGGUGUACUUCAAUAUUAUUAUCGCUUUAUUGUCACGGGGUUAUCCACAUUAUUGUCUAGUUAUACACAUAUUAUAUGAUCGUUAGAUAAAUGUCAUAUACUCGCUUUA